GAGGCUUCAGCUGAGGGAGCUCGAGCCGUCCUCCUCUCAGUUAUCAGCCCCCAACAUGAAGCUGCUCUGCCUUGGGGGGCUCAUUUUUGCCCUGGAAAUGUGGGGUGCCUCGGGUUUACUCAACUUUGGGGACUGUAAGAGUUUAGUCCAUGAGCUGCUUUCUCCUGGGACAAUCCAGGCUCUUAGAGGCUUGCCCUGGAUUGUGAAUAUCUCUGAGAAACAGGCACCUGGCUCGGUCAUCCACAUAUUCUCUUUCAACUGCUCCUGCCCACCCACCGUAGAGCUCGACAGUGUGAAUCCCCCCAGCUCCUUCUUUAAUCAGCCCAGCUUCUCUGGAUAUUACACACAGUAUUUGGCAAAGGUGACCUUAAGCAGUGCAGCCAGGCUGGAUGCUCAGCAGGUAAACCACUACCAACUCAACCUGAAGCUCACAUGUAUGGGAAAAAAGUGGAAUCUGCCCCUGUCUGUUGAGGUGUUUAAGGCCCAUGAUCACCCCAUUUGUCUGGGCCGGGUCUUCAGCACAGCUGGGGACAAGGUGCAGGUUCUGGAGACUGUGGAACCCCAAUCCCUGAUCUACGUGGUACUGCUCCGCAGGGGACUGACUGGUUUCAAGAUGAUGCUCACAAGCCCCCGAGAUGCCGGAUCCUUCUCUAUCAAUGAGCUGGGGCAGGUGCUAACCCCCAGCCAGGGCCUCAUUGGUAGUGCCUACAAGCACUUCCUGCUGAAAAUCUUGGUCACUGAUGGACAAGGCAGCAGCUGCCAGGGGACCCUGACGGUGGAGGUUCUGCCCAAUCCCUCCAACAAGGUCUCCUUCAGGAUUCAGUUCCAGACCUUCAACAUCUCUGAAGACCUAGAGGCUGGUAGAAUGGUUGGCCAGGUCCAAGCCAAUGGCAGCCGUGUUCGAUAUGAGAUCACUGAGCCUGUCCCCUGCCCCUUAUACUCCAUCAGUUCUGUGGAUGGACUGAUACGGACCACAGCUCCUCUGGAUCUGGGGCGAAACCCUGGGGCUGCCGUCACCGAGAUACAAGUAAUGGCAUAUGAUCCAUUUCAACCCUCGAUUAGUGCCCAGCUCAGUGUCACGAUCAACGUGCUGCCCACCAACACCUGGGCUCCUCGCUGCACCCCUGCUUUGCUGGUCACCCAAGUCCCAGAGACCAUCCCUGUGGGCAGUAUCCUGAUGACUCUGGCCUGCUCUGACCCAGACUCCAGCAGCAGCACCUUUCAUUAUCAGCUCCGGCACCACAAUGAGACCAAGUCAAACCACAGCUUCCGCCUACACGGUCCUGUCCUUGAGGUGAACAGUGCACUGGACUAUGACUCAUCUGCACCCAGUGUUCAGUACAGGGCCACCAUCUUGGUGACUGACAGCGGCCAGCCCCCCCAAACCAGUGAGGUGCCAGUGCUGGUGACAGUGACACCAGUGAAUGAGUAUGCUCCAAUCUGUCCUUCUCACACAUUCCGGGUCAGAGAAGAUGCUCCCCAUGGCACACUGAUUGGCACUGUUCUUGGCUCAGACCGUGACUAUCCACCCAACAGCAUUGAGUACCACAUUUCAGACUCAUCAGGCAACUUCUACAUUGACCCUCGCAGUGGUAAACUCCAUCUUCUGGCAUCAUUGGACUACGAAAAAGAGAAGACAUAUAUGCUGGUGAUCUUUCUGACAGAUCGAGACCAGGAACAGGAUUCUACACACCACCGGUCAGGCUCCUGCACCAUCACCAUUGAGGUUCAGAAUGUGAAUGACUAUGCCCCAGAAUGUGAACCCCCGUUCCAAGAGAUCACCAUCUCUUCUGCCCCAAGCGUCAAUGCAGAGGUGACAAGGCUGAUGUGCUCGGACAGGGACAGGCCAGAGCAAGCCCCAGGAGCAUUCUCUUUCACCAUUGUUGGAGGAAACAGCAAUGGAAGGUUCUACAUGAGGGACAAUAUUCUAUUCCACGACGUCUUUUCUUUUCAAUCCAAUGGGCUCUUGGACUCCCACACGUAUGAGCUCCUGGUCCGGGUGGCUGACAAUGGACCUACCCUCCCACUCUUCAGUACCACAGCCGUUGUCAUUGUUCAUGUGAUUCCCUGGAUGACCACAGUGCCUACUGCCAGCACAAAACCCCCGAUGGUUUCCUCCCCCACACCCUUGCUAGUGACUAGAAUUGAGGAUUACUGGGCUCCCGAAGCUUGGUUUGUGGUUGUGUUAACAGUGACUGGAGUUCUCCUGUUCACUAUCUUGGGCUGGCUCCUUUGCAGAUGGCCUGGAAGGAUGGCUCUAAGCCAGCAAACACAUGGACAAUCCUCCCAGACUCUAUUAUUGGACAGCACUAGGAGAAAUGAAAAUUCUACUGGUGACCUAAGAAAAAAGAAGAAUGAUGAAACCAGCAGCAUCCUAAGUCUGGUACUGCUAAGCCUGUUCCAAUCAAUGGGAUUUGAGAUGGAGGGAAGAGGCAGCAGCAGUUUGAUGGCAGAGCCCAGGACCCUGUUACAGGCAGAGAUUAUCUCUUCAGCAGCAGCACAGGAGCACGGCGCUGGCUCUGAGGCCAAUCUGAACAGCAUGGGCAAGAGCUGUUUUAAGAAAUUAGUAGCUGUACUUUUUUGGAAAUGGGUGAGAUACAUAAAAGGGAUCCAGGCUGACUCAUUUCCUUGCCCGUCUCAUACCCUGAUGACUCCUUACUUCCCCCCAGCUCCUCCCUUCCUCUUCUCCUACCACCCAAGACCACCCUAACUUCCAGUUUGUGUUUCACUAUCAGAAUGAUCAUAGAAAAUAAAGGUGUUGUUUUACUGUAA